CUGAAUGGCACCUUCUUAAUCAUAGAUACCCGGAAUAGCAGUAUAUUUUGACUAUUGCACAAUUGAUAAGAACUCCACAGUGUAAGAUCCUUUUUUUUCCCUUUUCUUUCCUUUCUUCAGCACCUGAAUUUUUCAACUUGAGUUCUUUUCUUUUUCACCCUUUUACUUAACGCUUCCUCCUCUUUAAGCAAGGUGUUUUAAAUCAUCAGACUUAGCUCUAAUUGUUAACCAGGUCAUUUGUUGCUUAUCGUUGCGGUGUUAACCCCUUUUGUUAUUUGCUAUUAAUUUGUGGUGUACGGAAAUCACAACCUAGCUCCGACCAUGUUGAAGGAACCCAAGAGAUCAGAAGCAGGAAGGUCCAAUUACCUUGGGUUAUUGUUGAGGUCACUGGCCGUGGUAGUUUUCUUGGUCAUUGGAUGUCUUACAUUGGCUCUGACAGUGAGUAUCAAACUGGAGUUUGAUGAGAAGUUGGGACAGAUAUUUACUUCAAACCAGUGUCCGGUAGCAGAAAUUGUACGUCCCGAAGGUUAUUAUCAGGAUAACUCUACCGUUUCUAAGAUAAUUGGCGAUGAGAGCUUUCGUAAUCAGUCCGCAGCCAAAUUAUCGGGAGCUGUGCAAGUGAAUACCGAGAUUUUUGAUUCUGAUCCUUCAGUCGAGGAGGAUCCCGAGUACUGGGCAGCCAAAUUUGCUCCAUUUCACGAUUAUUUGAAAGCCACUUUCCCCAGGCUCUUCAAUGAAGUGUUGAAAGUCGAGAAAGUCAACCAAUGGGGGUUGUUGCUUACGUGGGAAGGGUCUGACUCGAGCCUUGAACCAAUAGUUUUGAUGGCCCAUCAAGAUGUUGUGCCCACUCAAAAGGCCACUUUAGACGACUGGACUUAUCCACCAUACUCGGGCCAUUACGAUGGAGAGAGACUAUGGGGCCGAGGCUCUGCUGAUUGCAAGAAUUUGUUGAUUGGGUUAUUAGAGUCCAGCGAAUUACUAGUGGAUUCUGGAUUCAAACCUCAACGUACGAUUAUCUUUGCCUUUGGAUUUGAUGAAGAAGUAGGCGGUGAACGGGGUGCCCGUACGAUCUCAAAGCGUAUUUUGGAGCGCUAUGGACCAAAUUCAAUUUAUGCAGUUGUUGAUGAAGGUGGUCAAAGUUUGGUAGAACAAAACGAUGUUUAUUUGGCGUUACCUGGAACCUCUGAAAAGGGAGCGUUAGAUGUUCAUGUUUCGGUUAAAACCCCGGGGGGACAUUCUUCUGUACCUCAAGGCGACCAUACUUCAAUUGGAUUAUUAGCGCUGUAUAUUCAUGAUUUGGAGAGAACCCAAUUCAAAGGAGUGUUUACGCCUUUGAAUCCAACCUUCCAUGAAUACCAAUGUAUUGCCGUUCAUUCUCCAAGCUUACCCGCCGACGUUAAACGGGCCAUUCUUGAUGCUGAGUAUAAUUCAAAAGCAAAUAAUAAGGCCAUUGACUACUUGACCAACGAAUCCUUAUUGAGUAGAUUCCUUAUUUCUACUUCGACUGCAGUGGACAUUAUCAACGGAGGAACAAAGUCCAAUGCCUUGCCAGAAUACGUCGAGGCAGUGGUCAACCAUCGUAUUGCAAUUGAAUCAAGUGUCAACGAAACCGUGGAACACGAUUUAAGAAUUGCCUUUAAGAUUGCUCGGGAAAAUGACUUGGGGGUUAAACUCAACGGCAAAGAGUUGAAGCCAGUGACAGAAAAAGGCUUCUUUGCCAUCGACUACUCCGAUCCUCUCGAACCAGCACCCCAGACCCCAGUUGGUGAUGCUAAGUGGAAGUUACUUGCCGGGAUCAUCAGACACGUCUACGAGGAAGUCUCCUUCCCGGACAAUGCCAAAUCUCCUUUCAAGGGUAAACCCGUCAUUGUGGCUCCAGGAAUUGCCACCGGGAAUACCGAUACCAGAUACUUCUGGGACCUUACCAAGCACAUUUAUCGUUACAGACCAGGCUUGAAUCCUACGGUGGAAACCCAUGCUCACGGCGUAGACGAGCGUAUUUUGUUCGACUCCCACCUUCAAAUCAUUGCCUUCUACUACCAGUUCCUCCAAGUGGUCGACAACGACCGCAGCUAAUCAUAUAAGUAUAUAAUUAUAUAUAAAUACAUCAAUAUAUCAAU